CUGGCACACCUCAACACGCAGCGACGCCGUCACGUCGACACAGGAGUGCUUAAGUUUGUUUCUUCGGACACCUUGUUGGACUUUGAAUUUUGUCGGUGUUGGGACACUUUUUUUUUUUUUUAUCACGGGAGAAGUUCUUGUUGACACUUGUUUCUAUAAAUCGCUGGUAAGCCCCCCACCCCGACUUUAUGUCCACAAAGAUGGAACAGCCUUUUUAUCAUGAUGACUCUUUCCUGUCGGCUUACGGCCACUCAGAUGCCGCCAUGCACGACUACAAGCUGCUAAAGCAGAAUAUGAAUUUGAACUUGACAGAGCCCUAUCGCAGCCUGAAAUCGCAGCUGAGGGCCGACACGGACCUGUACCAGGGCGGGCAGCAGCAGCAGCAGGACGUCGGCACGCUGAGGCUCGCGUCCCCGGAGCUGGAGCGGCUCAUCAUCCAAAACAGUAACGGUGUCAUCACCACCCCCACCCCGGGGCAGUACUUCUACAACCGGGGCAUCACGGAUGAGCAGGAGGGCUUCGCGGAGGGCUUCGUCAAAGCCCUGGACGAGCUGCACAAGAUGAAUCAGAUGCCCCCCGCGAACGUGUCGAUCGGAGCCGGUGGGAUUACAGCCUGCCCGGCAGCGGCCUCUAGCGUCUUCGGCACUGCACUGCAGCCCGAACCGCCCAUCUACACCACGCUGAACGCGUACUGCCCGAGCACCGGGCUCUCGUCCGCCGCCCCCAGCUACCCGACGGCCACCAUCAGCUACCUGCCGCCCCACCAGCAGAGCCACCCGCAGACCGCUUUCCAGAGCCCGCACCCGGCGUCCCUCCACCCGCCGCGGCUCGUCGCCCUAAAGGAGGAGCCUCAGACCGUCCCGGACCUCCUGAGCAGCGACGGCUCGCCGCCCAUGUCCCCCAUCGACCUGGAGACCCAGGAGCGCAUCAAGGCGGAGCGCAAGCGGCUGCGGAACCGACUGGCGGCCACCAAGUGCCGGCGGCGCAAGCUGGAGCGCAUCGCCCGGCUGGAGGAGAAGGUGAAGGGGCUGAAGAGCGACAACGCGGGCCUGUCCAGCACCGCCUCGGUGCUCCGGGACCAGGUGGCGCAGCUCAAGCAGAGGGUCCUCACCCACGUGAGCAGCGGCUGUCAGCUGAUGCUCACGAGCAAGAUGGAGGCGUUUUAAAAGACUUUAAAAAGUGACUUUUAGGCGAUGACACUGGAGUCGACUACAACUCAUGUUGUGCAAAAGACUGCUUGAUCGGUACUUCCGGUUGCUGGACAAUCCUCAGAGAACCUUUCAACAGUACGAAUCAGGGCAAAGAGACACUUAAGAGGCAGACAUGGUUAUUAUUAUUGUAAGUCUUCGUAUAUUUGCCAUUGACGACUUCCGCAGCUCCAGCUCCAGCACCCCUUGCAAGAGGGACAAGCGGUAGAAUAAUGGAUGGACAUUGUCGUCACAUGCUGCAUUUAUUCUUUGUGUAAAUUAUUGUUUGUCCCGGUUGAUCCAGGCAAACGUGUCCAAUGUUUACAAUGUCUUUUUUUUUAUUGUUAUUAUUUGUGAUGUGUAUUUAAGUAAAAAGUAUUUCAAAAACAUGACAACAAUGGAUUGUCG